AAAAAUAUUCAAACCAAUCAAAUGAACAAGUUUAGAUAAAUUUGAUUGGAUUUUAGUUUUAAGAGAUUAGGGUUUAGGAAAAUAACAAUGAGAGAGUAAUUGAAAGAAAUUUUGGACACAAAUUAAAGAGGAAAAAACCUCAGGAUCGUAAAUAUGAACAAUGAAUUCAGUCCAACAACACGUAGAAGCUGUGAAGGGGGGAGGGGGGGAACGCCAAAUAGAAUGAUGGUCUCUUCUCCAUGGCGGGAAGCCGGGAACCAUUGGCGCCAUUAAUUCAGGAUUCGCGCCAUUACUGGCGGCUUUCUCCCUAUUUAAUCGGCCAGCCACUUCUAUCGUCUCCCAAUCGAGGCUCACCAUUUCCUCUCAAAACCUCUGAUUUACCGAAACCCAUCACUCCACUACGCAAAAAAUGGCCCAAGCAGCCGAGAUCCAGAACGGCAGCGCCGAAAUCCAGGAGCCGGCGGCGAAGAUCGCGAAGCUCGACCAGCAAAACGGCGUCCACUCCGCACUCGCCCCCGCUCCCGCCGAUGGGUCUUUCUUCAAGGUGAAAAAACUUUCCCCGAAGGCCGUCUUGCCCACUAGAGCCUCUCCUCUCUCCGCCGGCUACGAUCUCUCCAGUGCUGCGGAGGCGAAAGUCCCGGCGAGGGGGAAAGCCCUAGUUCCGACGGACCUGAGCAUCGCGGUGGCUGAAGGGACAUACGCCCGCAUAGCUCCGAGGUCCGGACUCGCGUGGAAGCACUCCAUCGACGUGGGAGCGGGAGUGAUAGACGCCGACUACAGAGGCGCCGUCGGGGUGAUCUUGUUCAAUCACUCCGACGUCGACCUCGAGGUCAGACAAGGCGAUAGGAUUGCUCAGCUGAUUAUCGAGAAGAUAGUUACUCCCGAGGUUGUGGAAGUUGAAGAUCUGGAGGCCACCGUUAGAGGCGAAGGAGGGUUUGGCUCCACCGGCGUCUGAAAUCACUUCCAAUUUUACCGCUCGCUGACCCUCACCGCCGGCUCGUUUUCCCCUACUAGCUUCGGCCUCCGGUGAAAAGGGUAGUUUUGUGAUAUUAGCGGAUGAUGUUGCUACUCUGUAAAUCGGAUAUUAGAAAGUACCGUAGUAGAAGUAGUAAAUUAGUAAUCAGAAUCCAGACGCCUAAUCACUUGGGUAUCAAGUUAUCAAUUAUCAAAGCGUAAUCUUUACUGC